GGAUGCCGCGAGAGCAAAGCGGGGGCGGCUCCUCCGGCCUCCCUUCCUCCUCCCCGCGCCGCCACCCGGAUGUGGGGGAGGGAAAAGCCAGAGGUGGUCCCGGGUAGCUGCAAGGCAGACGCCCCGCCCAACCUGGCGACCGGUGACUCGCCGUCCUCGCAGGCUCCCUGGCACGGUGUGAGCCCGCCCUGCGUGCCAGGGGCCCCUCCGGAGCCGCUGUUGCCACCCCCCCAGCUCCCUCCGUAGCUUCCCUGGAUGAGCCCGCCACCCCCGGGAAUGCGACUCGCCCCCGGUUUAAUUUUAUUCCCUUCCACUUCUUGCUGGGGCAUCCUGCUCCUCUAACCACGCUGAGCCUCCCCAGCUGGAGCGGGAGAGAGAGAAGGGGAGAACGGAGUCAGACAGGAUGGCUUGCAGAAGACGCUAUUUCGUCGAGGGUGAGGCCCCCAGCAGCGAGACCGGCACGUCCCUGGACAGCCCCUCAGCCUACCACCAGGGCCCCUUGGUGCCCGGUUCCAGCCUGAGCCCGGACCACUACGAGCACACGUCGGUGGGAGCCUAUGGGCUGUACUCAGGGCCGCCGGGGCAGCAGCGCACGCGGAGGCCCAAGCUGCAGCACUCGACCUCCAUCCUGCGCAAGCAGGCCGAGGAGGAGGCCAUCAAGCGCUCCCGCUCACUCUCUGAGAGCUAUGAGCUCUCCUCGGACCUGCAGGACAAGCAGGUGGAGAUGCUAGAACGAAAGUAUGGGGGGCGCCUCGUGACCCGCCAUGCGGCCCGCACCAUCCAGACGGCGUUCCGCCAGUACCAGAUGAACAAGAACUUUGAGCGCCUCCGCAGCUCCAUGUCGGAGAACCGCAUGUCGCGCCGGAUUGUGCUGUCCAACAUGAGGAUGCAGUUCUCCUUUGAGGGGCCUGAGAAAGUGCACAGCUCCUACUUUGAGGGGAAGCAGGUUUCAGUGACCAACGAUGGCUCCCAGCUGGGGGCCCUGGUGCCCUCUGAGUGUGAUGACCUUGGAGAGGCGUCUAACCUCAAGCCUCCGGCCCCCUCCAGCGACUUCGCAGAUGCCAUUACAGAGCUGGAAGAUGCCUUUUCCCGGCAGGUGAAAUCACUGGCCGAGUCCAUCGAUGAUGCUCUCAACUGCCGCAGCCUGCACUCUGAGGAGGCUCCAGCCCUGGACACUGCACGGGCCCGGGACACUGAGUCCAAGCCGGCCCUGCACAGCAUGGACCACCGCAAACUGGAUGAGAUGACAGCCUCAUACAGUGAUGUCACCCUGUACAUUGACGAGGAGGAGCUGUCACCUCCUCUGCCCCUCUCACAGGUGGGUGACCGGCCAUCCAGCACUGAGUCGGACUUGCGACUGCGGGCUGGGGGUGCCGCCCAGGACUACUGGGCCCUGGCCCACAAGGAGGACAAGGCUGACACAGACACAAGCUGCCGGAGCACUCCGUCACUGGAGCGGCAGGAGCAGCGGCUGCGGGUGGAGCAUCUCCCACUGCUCACCAUCGAGCCGCCCAGCGACAGCUCUGUGGACCUCAGCGACCGCUCAGACCGUGGCUCGCUCAAGAGGCAGAGCACCUACGAGCGCAGCCUUGGUGGGCAGCAGGGCAGCCCCAAGCAUGGCUCCCACAGCGGCCCCCCCAAGAGCCUCCCCCGAGAGGAGCCGGAGUUGCGGCCCCGGCCCCCCAGGCCCCUGGAUAGCCACCUGGCCAUCAACGGCUCAGCCAACCGGCAGAGCAAGUCUGAGUCAGACUACUCAGAUGGUGACAAUGACAGUAUCAACAGCACGUCCAACUCCAACGACACCAUCAACUGCAGCUCAGAGUCAUCAUCCCGCGACAGCCUGCGGGAGCAGACGCUCAGCAAGCAGACCUACCACAAGGAGACCCGCAACAGCUGGGACUCGCCCGCCUUUAGCAAUGAUGUCAUCCGUAAGAGGCACUAUCGCAUCGGCCUGAACCUCUUCAACAAGAAGCCAGAGAAGGGAGUCCAGUACCUUAUCGAGCGUGGCUUCGUGCCCGACACGCCAGUGGGCGUGGCCCACUUCCUGCUACAGCGCAAGGGCCUCAGCCGGCAGAUGAUCGGCGAGUUCCUGGGGAACCGGCAGAAGCAAUUCAACCGCGACGUGCUCGACUGCGUGGUGGACGAGAUGGACUUCUCUGCCAUGGAGCUGGACGAAGCCCUCAGGAAGUUCCAGGCGCACAUCCGGGUCCAGGGAGAGGCUCAGAAAGUGGAGCGGCUCAUCGAGGCGUUCAGCCAGCGGUACUGCAUCUGCAACCCUGGGGUGGUACGGCAGUUCCGGAACCCAGACACUAUUUUCAUCCUGGCCUUCGCAAUCAUCCUCCUCAACACGGACAUGUACAGCCCCAACGUCAAGCCCGAGAGGAAGAUGAAGCUGGAGGACUUCGUCAAGAACCUCCGAGGUGUGGACGAUGGUGAGGACAUUCCCCGGGAGAUGCUGAUUGGGAUCUAUGAACGGAUUCGUAAGCGAGAGCUGAAGACCAACGAGGACCACGUGUCCCAGGUGCAGAAGGUGGAGAAACUCAUUGUGGGGAAGAAGCCGAUUGGAUCCCUCCAUCAUGGCCUUGGCUGUGUGCUCUCUCUGCCCCAUCGCCGGCUGGUCUGCUACUGCCGGCUCUUCGAGGUUCCAGACCCAAACAAGCCCCAGAAGCUCGGACUGCACCAGCGAGAAAUCUUCCUGUUUAACGACCUCCUGGUGGUCACCAAGAUCUUCCAGAAGAAGAAGAACUCGGUGACAUACAGCUUCCGACAGUCCUUCUCCCUGUACGGCAUGCAGGUCCUGCUCUUCGAGAACCAGUACUACCCCAACGGCAUCCGGCUCACAUCAGCUGUCCCCGGAGCAGACAUCAAAGUGUUAAUAAACUUCAAUGCCCCCAAUCCUCAAGACCGGAAGAAGUUCACUGAUGACCUGCGGGAGUCCAUUGCAGAAGUGCAGGAGAUGGAGAAGCACAGGAUAGAGUCGGAGCUCGAGAAGCAGAAGGGUGUCGUGAGGCCCAGCAUGUCCCAGUGCUCCAGCCUCAAAAAGGAGUCGGGCAACGGGACGCUGAGCCGGGCCUGCCUGGACGACAGCUACGCCGGCGGGGAGGGCCUCAAGCGCAGCGCCCUCAGCAGCUCCCUGCGGGACCUCUCGGAAGCGGGGAAGCGAGGGCGUCGCAGCAGUGCGGGAUCGCUAGAGAGCAAUGUGGAAGGGUCCACCAUUAACAGUCCUCACAUGCGCCGGAGAGCUACAUCAACACGAGAGUGUCCAUCUCGCCCACACCAGACUAUGCCUAACUCAGCCUCCCUCCUGGGCUCCUUAUUUGGGAGUAAGAGAGGGAAGCCCCCUCCCCAGGCCCACCCGCCCUCAGCCCCUCCCCCGCCACCCCCCCACCCGCCAGUCCUGCCCCACCCGCAGCACUCCUCGGCCGGCCACCACCCGGGGCCAGCAGAGGGUCUGCCGCAGGCCCCGGUGCAUGGGCAUCACACCCAGUACUGCCACAUGCAGCAGAACCCACCCCCCUACCACCACCACCACCACUACCACCCGCCCCAACACAUCCAGCAUGCACACCAGUACCACCACGGCCCGCAGGGGGCGCACCUGGCCUACGGGGCCCACGUUCACGGCCACCCGCCACUGCCCUCAGUCCACGCGGGGCAUGCAGUGCACCACCACGGGCAGCCACCUGCCCCGCCGCCCCCUGCCAGCAGCAAGGCCAAACCCAGUGGCAUCAGCACAAUUGUGUAGACAGCCUGGAUGGGGCUCCCGGGCCCCCUGAAAGAGCUGCACACGACACAGGGCACGCCCCGGGCAGCCAGCCUCACCCCAAACCCAGGGCGCGUGUGUUGCCCUCUCUCCCCUCUGCCCCUCACAGCCUGGUUGGAGCCCUGGGAACCUGCAGGGUGCGUGUUCUAUGGAGCAGAGCUCCAGAUCUCAUUUAGCACCGGCACCCUGGGCUCCAGUCACCUCAGUCCGAGGGGUGGGCUUCAGCCACAUCAGCCUUGAGGUGGUGCCGCCGGCCAAGUACAUGUUGAACUGCCUCCCCCACCCCAGCCCCCAGCUCUCUGCUCCCUAAUUUAUAUGCAGAUGAAAACCCAGCCUAGGAGAAGAAAUGAGAUACAAAAAUAACAGACAAAACAGAAACCCCCCCAAAACUUGCUGCAUUAUUGCUCUUUUAUUGAAUGGGCAAAACACUUAAGUAGACCUGAUAUGGUUGAUGAAAAUACGUAAGUAAACUUUAUAUAAUAUAAAUAUAUAAAUAUAUAAAUAUCCAUAUAUAUAUACCGCAUAGGUAGUGCUUGUGUGUGAGAGGCAAGCGCUUCAGUCCACAGCAUCAGCAAUACUGACCUUACAAGGAACUCCACUUCCCGGAGAGGAAGACAGUACCUUAGAUGAGUGUGUGAGACAGUAGACCAAACCCUUAAAUGCUAGGAACAAACUCAGAUACUUCCAUAUUUUCAUACAGAGAAGAGAAGUCCCUGUAGGACUGGCUAAAGUCUUUACGCAAUCAUUACUAACUGUGCCAAGUAACAUAGCAUCUAACUGUUUAAAAAGUCCAAUAUUGCUUUGUAUAAAUCCUUAUUUUAUUAACAGAAUACUAUCAUAAAUAAUCAGUAUUAUAACUGCUAUUUCAGGUAAGCAAAUAGCUAAAAUGCAGUAACCUACAGUAGCAACUCAGGACAACUAGGUAAGAUCUGGUUGUCUUAGGAAAUUGGUCACACAGAUUCUUAGACACUUUAAUGGCUGCGAUAACUGUGAAUUUCCAUGAUCCAUGUUUCUUCUGUAUGCAUAUGAUCUGAUGCACACUCAUUCAGAGCCCUCUGAGAGGGGCGCCCAUGCACAGCAGAAGCACUCAUCUCCAACAUGACAACGGCCAACUCUCAUCCUCGUCUCCCAGCACCAUAGCUUGCUCAUCCCGUCUCAGACCACAGCAGGCAGAAGCCCCCAGAGUGUUUCCACCAGGAACCACUCUUGAACCUGAGGCUGGUUUUAGUGUUUCGCAACCCAGGGCAGCGUGUGUGUUUCCCAUUUUGUUUUCUGAGUGGUAGCAGUGAUCGUUGUAAUUCCAUGUAGCCAUGUGCUAGCAGAACCCCCGUGUCAUCACCGUGGCCCAUGUGACCCCGGCCGACAAGUGCCCAGCCCUCGCCAGGCAGAGCCCCCGCUGCCUCUUCAUGGUCCAGUGAGCUGCCAGGGCAUCACAUGACUCAGCUGUGCUCUUGUCGCUUCUGUGUUGUGGUGACACCAUGCGCUCCCCUGGGGCCAGACGCUGCCCGAGUCGGGUCUGUGCCUGAGUCACCCAUGGGCUGUACUUUGUAGUUUCAGCCUUUCGAGCCACUGCAGCCGCCAGUGCUUUGCUCCUAAGCCGUGGGACCCGAGGACUGCCCCACGGCACCCGCCCAGGCGGAGAGCCCUUUCAGAAGGGGUGAAGCUAGCGCCUGACUCUGCGGGCCACGGGGCCUCGCGCUCGUGGACAGCGUGGUGUGCCGUGGCUGGAUGGCAGGAAGAGAGGGAGUCCACUCUGGCUGUGUGUCACCCUGGCUGGCUGGGGGCUUUGCUGAUGUCCCUCCUCACGCCCCUCCCCUUGGUCAUGUCAUUGAGAUCACCAUGCCAGCAAAUCUGCAAACCGAGCACUUUGUUAACCUCCACAGAGAGCAAAUACAGCAAUCUAGAGUUUAGCCUUUUUAAAAAUAAGUGUGACUUUAACCUGCCCACCUCUGUCCUCUCAUCGGUGUGGCAUUUCUUUCUCUGGCAUCUGCUCAGAAAGAAAAAGGACAAGUGUGUGUCUGGGUCAGGCCGGGCUGGUGAGGGCACUCUGCCGUCACCGACUCCUAAAUUCUUCGGUUUUCCUCAAAAGUCAGGCUCCCCGAGGCACCCUCUUGUCUUGCAGUUUCCAAGGAUGUCGUUCUGACUUGGCAAAGUUGAAUUGUACUGCAUGUCAUCUGGUGUCAGCCGUGUGAGGCUGCGCUCUGUAUUGUACAUUUACAAAAUAUAUCAGUGUGACUGUUGACAAAUAGUUGAAGUAAAGUGGUAACAUACUGAAUAUAUCGGCUUGUCUUCACCCUCCUCUGUACCAAGAGUAGAGUUGCACUGUGACCUUUAGGUUGUUCCAGAAAAGAUAUAGGCCGUUUGGUACAGAAUUGCUCUUCCUGAAGGGCAUCACCAAUGAACAGAACUCAACAAAAAGAACAAACAGUAAAUCCCACAGAGGGGCUUUCUCUGAGCCUCUCUCCGUGGCUGUCCUGUGAGGAGCUCCACGGCCAGUCCGACUCCCAGCCCCCAGCACGUCCCCAGUGUGUCCUGCAGCUGUGCUGGGCAGCAGGGCCGCACCUAGCGUGAGGGGCUUCUAGAACACUCAGCUCCUCUCUGGGGUUCCAACUUUAUUUGGUGUAUUGGUUCAGGCCAACGAGGUUUCAUCCUUCCACGUGUUGUCUGCAGGCUAUCAGAAGUGUUUACAGAAGGUACACAGUUGGGUUCAGGAGGCUGGAGUCAUGGUGCCCACAUCUUGUCUAGGAAGCAAAAGCUCCUAGUGAGCUGGUGUCCCCAUGUGUCUUUCAUGGGACUGUCCGCUAUAGAUCCCCACUUGUCACAGAGCCAUAGCUUCGGGCCGUGUCCUCACGUCCUCCAGGAGGGGAGGCAGAAAGAGCUGAGGGCCCCAGGAUGUCUGCCUCACCCUUUCUCACUGUGGGGACACCCUGGGGACAUCUUUCUCAAGUCGCACAAACUGUUUCAGUUCCAUACAGAAUUGCUGACAGGAGACCCUUAGGGGAGGCAGCUGGUAAUGUGACAAGAGUCUUUUCUGGGACAACAAUCAAAUCAUGUAUUUGUAUUUUUUUAAGUUUAUGAAUGAAUUGUACAACAAUGUAAAAAUAAAGUUCAUCCUAAUAUGA